CAGUACUCCAAUGACGAUCGAUAGUUGUUGGUUAGUGCGUGUUAAAAUGUUUGUAAAAAGCCGGUUGCUGAGUAAGGUUUGUUUCAUGCAGACCCGAGGUAUGCAUCUCUUAAAUCAAAAGGCCUAUGUAGACGGUGAAUGGGUAACUUCUGCAAGUAACCAAAACUUUAACGUGAUAAACCCGGCAAAUGGAUCAGUUAUUGGGACAGUUCCCAAUAUGAACGUCCAGGAUGCCCAAGAGGCUAUAGAAGCUGCUGCUAAAGCCUUCGAAACUUGGAAAUUUACCACGGCUAAAGAAAGAGCACACCUGCUUAGGAAAUGGUAUAACUUACUAGUGGAGAAUCAAGACAGCAUCGCCAAGAUUAUGACUGCCGAAUCUGGCAAACCUUUACCUGAAUCUGCAGGUGAAGUAGCUUACGGUAACUCAUUUGUCGAGUGGUUUUCCGAACAGGCUAGAAAUGUACGUGGCGAAAUUGUACCAAGCCCAGUACCAUCAAAGAAGAUAUUUAUCGAUCAUCAUCCAAUAGGUGUCGCUGCUUUAAUUACGCCUUGGAAUUUUCCCCACGCUAUGAUUACUAGGAAAGCAAGUGCAGCAUUGGCAGUAGGGUGUACUUGUGUCAUUAAACCAGCUGAGGACACACCAUUCACAGCAUUGGCUCUUAUGAAAUUAGCAGAGGAGGCAGGUUUUCCUAAAGGAGUGUUGAACUUGGUUACAAGUGAUCGUAAUAAUGCUCCCGCUAUUGGUGCUUUGUUUUGUGAAAGCCCUUUGGUUGCUGGAAUUUCUUUUACUGGUUCUACACAAGUUGGAAAAAUUCUAUACAAGCAAUGCUCGUCGGGUAUUAAACGAUUAGGAUUAGAAUUAGGUGGAAACGCACCUUUUAUUGUUUACAAUUCCGCUAACAUAGAUAAAGCCGUCGAAGGUGCUCUCAUUUCCAAGUUUAGAAAUUGUGGGCAAACAUGUGUGGCCGCCAAUAGAUUUUUAAUACAGAAUGAGAUUUUCGAUGAAUUUGUAGAUAAAUUAACACAGCGAGUAAAACAACUAAAAUUGGGAGACGGUUCACAUCCGGGAGUUAAUCUGGGCCCGCUUAUAAAUGACGCUCAGUUCCAUAAAGUGUCGGGUAUGGUAGAAGACGCAGUUUCAAAAGGAGCUAAGGUGUUGGCAGGUGGCAAACCUGCUAGUCAACUUGGCAGCCUCUUUUAUGAACCUACGAUAAUAUCUGGGGUUCAGAGUAACAUGCAAGUUUACAACGAAGAAGUUUUCGGACCUGUGAUAAGUUUGAUUCGAUUCAAAACGGAAGAAGAGAGCUUGCAGAUUGCAAACGCUACCGAGCGAGGUUUGGCUGGCUACUUCUUUUCUGAAGACGUCACUCAAAUAUUUAGAGUUAGCUCGCACUUAGAAGUAGGCAUGGUUGGUGUUAAUGAAGGUCUAAUAUCUACUGCAGAAGCUCCAUUUGGUGGUAUUAAAGAAUCUGGGUUAGGUCGUGAGGGUUCUCAUCAUGGUAUAGAAGAUUAUACUUAUAUUAAAUAUACUUGCAUAGGCAACCUUAAAUAAAUUCAACAAAGGCAACAAUUCGAAGCAAAUAUUCUUUAUGUGAUACAAAGUAGCACCUGUUAACAAAAAUAGUUUUAAUAAUAUCACAAAUUUUAGAUAUAGAUUUAAGCGUAAACUUUUAAAUCUUCACAAUAAUUAAUAUUAAACUUCGGCUUAUAAUUUUUUAAUGUUUUGUUUGAAAAUACCAAUUUUGUUAGGAUGUUAAAAGAUAUAUUUUUAUCAUUGGGUAAGGUAUUUAUUAAUAUUUGAGUAUCUUAAAU